AUGUCUAGUCCGGAACCGCAUGGCUCAUCUGGUUUCACAGACUCGGAAUCGUCUGCUGAAUCCCUCGAUUACCAACACCAAUAUACGUCCACCCACGACCCCGUUCCUCCCGGCGAGGGAGGCAGCUACAACUUUUAUACGCACCCCGCUCGAACAUCCGUGCUAGACGCCAACGGUGAAUUGCUCCUCGAUCCCUCGCUCCGUCUAGGGCCUGCGCCGGCCGCAACCUCGACUGAAAUGGAUAACCCGGCAGCUCAGGGCGACAUGGCCAACGUGUGGAGGCCGACCGGCAGCUUGCCGUCCUUUUCUCGAGCAUUUGAUAUCUUUUCUGUGGAUUCCAGUGACGACCGGUUCUUUGUGCCCUCGUAUCUCAAGGGGUCGACAUACGUUCAGAAGUUGGAGGAAGCGUACAAUACCAAACUAGAAGCUCAGAAUGAGGGCAAGCGGACCAAAGGGAAUGGGCAGGAUCUCAGCUCUCCGGGUCUUAGCACGACACCCCUGCCUCCUGGCUCACAUAGAGGCAUACUGCACUCCGUCCUGGAGAGGACGCCGUACGAUGGGGAUGACAGUCUGGCCCCUCUGCCGAUCCACUGGAACCCAGGUGAUAUGUGGCAGUCGAUAGAGGUGACGCCAAACUUGCUCGGGCUCAAAUAUGCUGGGCCCAAGAGUCACCACGAGCGCGAUCAUGAGGCUAGUGCUAUCCGAGCAGAUAAUUUCAUGCCUCCUCAAUGUGGGAUAUACUACUACGAGGUGCAGAUCAUUUCGGGCAAACGAGACGACACGACGAUUGCGGUUGGGUUUUCUACCAGAAACGCAGCAUUAUCACGGCCUGUCGGUUGGGAGCCGGAAUCUUGGGGAUAUCACGGUGACGACGGCCGGUGUUUUACAGGCCAAAACAUUGGCAGGCCUUUUGGCCCGGUGUUUAACAGCGGUGACGUGAUCGGGUGCGGAGUCAACUUUCGAGACCACACAGCAUUCUUCACCAAAAACGGACAGAUGCUUGGGGUCGCAUUUCACGACGUCACCAGGAGCAGUUUAUACCCGACCAUCAGCCUUAAAAAGCAGGGCGAGGAAAUUUCCGUCAAUUUUGGGCAGUCACCUUUUGUCUUCAACAUUGAUGACAUGAUGAAUGAACAACGAGAAAACAUCCAGAAUGCAAUUCAGCUGGCAGACACUUCGCAACUUGAGCCUGGCAUGAACGAGACAGAUCUCAUCCAAGCACUAGUGCUGCAGUUUCUCCAACACGAUGGCUAUGUGGAGACGGCUCGAGCUUUUGCAGAGGAUAUGAAGCUGCAAAAGGAGGCCCUGAACCUGAAUCCAAACGUGACGGUGGACGGCCUCAACAUCAAGGAUGAUGAGGACGCCAAUAACAGACAACGAAUUCGGCGAGCGAUACUCGAUGGAGAAAUAGACCAAGCGCUCGAUUACACCAAUACAUAUUACCCGCAAGUCCUCCGCGACAACGAGCAGGUAUACUUUAAGCUACGGUGUCGCAAGUUCAUCGAGAUGGUGCGAAGAGCUGCCGAGCUGAGCAUAAAGUACGACGCCAAAAGGGGCACUGAGCUGGGCCAAGAGAUGGACUUGGAUGUCAACGGCAGCCACGGAUGGGGAGACAACAUGGAGACAGAUGGAGGGGAUCAUGGUGCGGAGCUGACCAAGCUGGAAAACAAGAUGCUAAGCUAUGGCCAGGCCUUGCAGGCCGAGUUUGCCAACGACCCUAGGAAGGAGAUUAGCAAGUCGCUGAACGAAAUCUGGGCCUUGGUGGCAUACAAAAAUCCGCUCAAGGAGCCGCAGGUCAGCCACCUGUUGGAUGGGAAAGGGCGGGUGACGGUUGCAGAAGAGCUGAACUCUGCUAUACUAUCAUCGCUGGGGAAGUCAUCACGAGCAUCGCUGGAAACGCUAUAUGCGCAGACCAGCGUGCUGCUGGAAGAAUUACGAAAGGAUGGCGGCCCAGGAGCGUUUGUCUCGCUGCAAGAUGUGGUAGAUAGCAUUCAACCGUCUCAACAGGUCUGA